AUGUUUAUCAAGCCAUUUAAAAUCAAGUCGAAUUCUCAGCUGAAAGGAACUGAAAGAAAAAAAUUAUGCGAGGAAGUAUUGGCAGCUUAUCCGAGCUUGGUACAAGAUAUUCAAGUGCUGUUGCCUAAAAAGGAAUCCAUCAGCAUUAUGAAAAUAGUAACACAUAAUGGACAGAUAGGCAAAAUAUACUGCGUCGCUAAGAUACCCAUGUUCUUUCAAUUAGAUUCAUAUAAUCUAUUAUUUCCCACAAUUUAUACAUUAUGGCACCAUCCAGCUUUGAUAAACACCUUCACUAUCCACUCAGGAGUUUUAUCCAAAUUAGCGGGUGGUGCGGAUCUCAUGUUGCCAGGAUUGGUUCUCAAGGAACCAGUAACAUUGUACAGUUUUGGUAAACUGCCAAAAGGUUCUCCAGUAUCGAUCAACACUGAAGACAACAAGGCUACAGUUGCUGUUGGCAUCACUGCACUUUCCAGUGAAGACAUGUAUUUGGCUGCUGGACAUGGGAAAUGCGUGGAGAUUUUUCAUGUCAUUGGCGAUAUGCUUUGUCAAUUGCAAGGCAAGCUACCUUUAAGGCCUGAUUUGGGACCACCAAAUGAUGAUCUCACAAAAAUAGCGGAAAAUGCCGAAUCGUGUAGUCAACAGGCAACCGCAAAUCAAACUGAAGUAUUGCCGGUUAAAUUAGAGCAGCUAGAUAUUGCCGAAGAUUCAAGCGAUGACACCGAAGAUGAAACUGUUUCCAAGGAAUAUUUGGAAGAAACAGAAAAUGUAGAAACGGAAAAUGUACAAAAUUCACACACAAUGGAAUCGGAAGUAGUUGAUCCAGUCCAAGAGAUGGAUCAAUUAUUGGAAUAUUGUUUCUUGAAAGCAUGCAAAACAACGAUAAAGUCUAGUGAUCUACCAAUGCUGUCGUCCAAUUUCUUUAAAAACCAUUUGUUAGUUGUCUGUCCACCGGGUAAAAAUGUCGAUGUCAAAAAAUCUCGAUAUAAAAAAUUAUCAGUUUUCCUGGCAGAAAUGAAGGCCAAAGGAAUAAUCAACACAUCCAUCACGAAAGGUGUCGAGACCUUAUUGUCGAUCAAGUUUGAUCACCCGCUUGUGAAGGAAUUAAUCGUCAAUGAGGAACCGGUUGUGGCCGAACCGGUGGUUUCGAAUAGCGCCGUCGUGUCGGAAUGUUAUAGAGUGACCGCCGACGUUUUACCAAUUUUAUCGAAAUUUGGCUACGAAAAGGGCGAUGUGAUGAAAAGAGUGGACAUUAGAAAAUGUUUCACCGAAUAUGUGAAAGCGGAGGAUUUACAGAACGGAAAAACAUUAAAGCUGAAUCCUCAACUGGCAGGUAUUAUGCGAACCAAGGCUCACCAGGAGACAGUGACGAUGGAGGAUGGGAUAAAUAAAUUUAUCGGUCGUAUGACGCAUAUGCAUGAGGUCACUCUAGCGGGAAAUACUUUGUUGCACACAGGAAAACUGGAACCGAUCGACAUGAGAGUGACGGUGCGAUCAAGCGGGAAAAAGGUGACGUUGGUAAACAACUUGGAAACAUUCGGAAUUAAUUUGAAAGAAUUCAGUAAAGAAUGUCAGACCAUUGGCGCGAGUGCGACAAUCACCGACGAUCCUGGCAAAAAGACACCUAGUGUUCUUGUUCAGGGAAAUCAAAUUUUAUACGUGUAUAAAUUGCUUACAGAGAAAUACCAAAUUAAAAAGAAUUAUAUAAGAGGUUUAGAAUUCGCUCCCAAAAAGAAAAAAUAAAAUCCUUGCAUAAAUAAGAAAUAUCCUUAUAAAUUUUGUAAAUAAGUCAAGUUGUUCUCUUUUUUAAUGUUAUCGCAAUGAGAUAAAUGCGUAAUACUCGGGCUCAUUUAUCCAAUGACUUCGUUUCGUUUCUUUUCUAUCAAGGUUUUCUUGCAAAUAUCAUUAUUGCAUUUUGAAACAAUUUAAUCAUAAAGAUUACAGAAGGAUGCUGCCACUAUAUAUUGCGAAAACAUUUCUAAGAAAUGCGAUUAGAAAUUGACAUUGACGAUAUUUAUCGUUCUAACAGAAAGACGUUAUAGUAAGUAAUAAAUAAAAGAAACUUGCAACAGUACGAGUUGUUAUUAUUAGUAUAUUAUUCUGACCUUAUCAUUUUCUAUAUCAUGACAUAAAGCAAAGAAAAACG